AAAGCCAGAGCCGCGAAGCGAGAGCACCUCAGAGCGGCGAAGGCACAGGGAGUGAGGUGCUGACUCACAGACUGGUACUGGAAAGCAGUUUUGAUAACCAAGAUAAAGGAAGAGUAUGGCUCUAUUGAGAAUUGUGACCACUAUAUCCCUGCUCCUCACCCUUGCUGUGGCAUCUGAACAUUUGCGAUUUAAACGGGGGGCAAGACACUUUGAGUCUAAGACUACUCGAGGACAUUGCAUGAGCUCGGCUGGCUCGGUUUUUCACCUGCAUGGCGAUACAUGGCUGCAGAUUGAGGGACGACAAGUCCAGUACUGCCGCUGUGACCAGUCUAGGAUUCACUGCCACAGGGUACCUGUACGAGAUUGCACCCGGAACAAGUGCUACAAUGGCGGAAUAUGUCGCCAGGCCCUUUACUCUCAGCACUACGCGUGUGAGUGCCAAGCUGGUUACAGUGGUCAGCUAUGUGAGUUUGACACCAAAGUGCAGUGUUACCAGGAUCAAGGAACUGGAUAUCGAGGAACCUGGAGUAUCACCCGCUCCGGGGCAAAGUGCCUGAACUGGAAUUCAACCGCAGUGUCCCGCACUCGUUACAACGGCCGCAGGCCAGACGCCCAACAAAUGGGGCUUGGGAAUCACAACUACUGCAGGAACCCUGACAAUGACACAGUGCCCUGGUGCCAUGUCUACAAUGGCCACAUCCUGACCUGGGACAAGUGCAGCAUUUCUGCCUGCCCAAAGCAUCACAGCUCCGAGUGCUACGCCAAAACUGGGGCAGAUUAUCGCGGAACCAGAAGUUACUCGCAGUCUGGGAGUCGUUGUCUCAACUGGGAUUCUGAAGCAGUCCGCCACAAGCAACAUAAUGCAUGGGUACACAACGCUCACCACUUGGGGCUGGGAAGCCACAGUCACUGCAGGAAUCCAGAUCAAGAUUUCAAGCCUUGGUGUUUCAUUAUGAAAGGAAGAAAAGUCAUUCGGGAAUACUGCAACAUUGAGCAGUGCAUUUCAUCAGGUAGCUGUGGGAAGAGAGAACCUAAAGCCAUGCAGUACCGGAUCCUGGGAGGAACCACCACCCAUAUUACAUCCCACCCUUGGCAGGCUGCCAUUUUCAUCUACCAUCAGAGGUCAAAGGAUUAUGCUUUCUUGUGUGGAGGAAGCCUGAUUGAUUCCUGUUGGAUCCUCACAGCUGCUCACUGCCUCCAGCACAGCAGGUUCAAAACGCAAGAGAUCAAAGUGAUCAUGGGGAGAACAAUCCGAAAAGAGGCAUCCGCGGCUGACCAGCUACUGGACGUGGAACAGUACUUUGUUCACAAGGAGUUUGAUGACGAUACUUACAAUCAUGACAUUGCUCUGAUCAAACUUCGAUCAAAGCGUGGCCAAUGUGCCAAGGUAACUCAUUAUGUUCGUACAGUGUGUUUACCAUGGGAGAAGCAGCAACUGCCUGAUUGGACUGAGUGUGAGAUCUCUGGAUAUGGCAGACAAGAGGAGUACUCUCCAUUCUACUCUAAUCAACUGAAGGAAGGGAAUGUCCGUCUCUACCCAUCGAACCGUUGCACUUCAGCCCAGCUGCACAACCGGACCGUCACCAAAAACAUGAUCUGCGCUGGAGACACUCGGGGCUUUGAUGAUGCCUGCAAGGGAGACUCAGGAGGCCCCUUGGUCUGCCCAGCGAAGGGCCGUAUGAAUCUAUAUGGGAUUAUCAGCUGGGGAAUUGGUUGCGGGAAACCAGGAAUACCAGGCGUCUACACCAAGGUCUCUAACUACCUGGAUUGGAUUCGCAAACAUGUGGAUGAAGCCUGAGGACCAACAAGCAGCCUGAGACAUAACGAGCAGCCUUUGCAACCUUUCCAACCAAAGCUGGAUGAUGCGAGUGUCCCCCUGCCCUCAACCCCUGGUGUAAAGAGGGGACAGUGCCUGAACUGUUGCUUAGUGAGGGGCACUGACCUCCGCACAGAUCACUGGACAGCACAUUUCCACUUGGAUUGAGAAAGACUUAUACUUAGAUUCUAGUACUUUCUGUUGAUUAUCCAAUGCUUUUUAAGCAAUUUUUCUCUGCUUGUGCUGUAGCUGGUCCCUCUCUGAGUUUAAAGUCUUAGGUAAGGAUCAGACUGCUUCCUUCAAAAAGCUGUUUCUUCUACACAACCAACACACACACACACACACACACCACUCCUUUUUAAAAAAAAUUAUAGUAUAAUGAUUUCAGUAGUCUUUUUAUUGGAUGGCCAAACUGGCCAUAGGCUGAGUUUCAUUCAUGCCAGGUCUGGUACCAGGCUAAUUCCCCAUUUUUCCUUCUUUCUGUAUUCUCUAAGUUUUUUUUAAACAUUGCUUGUUCCCAUUGCUGCUUCACCCUGCUCUUACCAAUCAGGAGAUUUAUAAUUUUUUUAUACAGCCAGUUUUUUUCUAGGAAUAAUGUGAAUUAACACCCAGUUGCGGCAUCCAUUUGGCGUUAUGUUAGCUGUUUGUAUUGUGCACUUAUUCCAUUGAAGGGGUCAGUCAAUGAUGGAGGGGUGAGAUUCCCCCUUUAAUAACACUCCCUAGUCAUACUCCACUGGAUUCAUAACCAGGCAUUAAUAGUAACCCUUCAUUAAUUUAAUACAGGGUGUAACAAUUACCUGUGUGCAAGUGUGUGUUUAUCUGAUCAAUAUAGGCUUGAGCUGGACAUCCUUGGCCUGCAUGUCCAUUACUCCACCCUUCACUCCAAAAUAUCCCACGCACAUAAGUUUACAGACUUGAGGAGCAGUGUUGUAGUGUUGGAGGGAGUUCCAUACUAUACCAUCUGUAGGCCAGCAAAAAAAAAGCUUCUGUGGUGAGCUCAUCUGGACGGUUCAAAAAUAAAUUUCCUUUCUUUGUGAAGAACCUUUUGUGAUAAUAAGAGUGUAGAUGUACAUUAAUAGCACCUUUUGUGGCCUGUGACUGUCUGCACUACACACAUUUACAAUGUGGUGUGUUACAGUUCACUCAGGGAGUCAGACUUUCUGUGGCAACAUAUGUGUCAUAAUCUGGAGCACCAGAUAGUGAUGGUAGAGUCUCCAUCGUUCUUUCUGUCACAUUGCUGUUGGAGGGAUUUGUAGUUUGAUACUCAUCUGUUGCCUGUUACAAAUGCGCAAUCCCUUGGCCAUCAUGGCUUGGGGUGUGACUUGAGCCUAGAGUUCUGUUUUAGAAUCAGGGACAUUAUGCAGUGUGCCACUAGACUUCCUCCCUUUCACAUCCGCGAUAUGUUUAGGGGAAUAAAGGUUGAAGUAUUUUAAGCACUCCUCUGUGCUAAAAUAUUUAUUAUUCUGAUGAAUGUUCUAGAUUUUGUUUGUUUUACUGGUUAAUGUAUGAAUACAUUAUUUAAUGAUUUUGUAUUGCACAAUCCAUGUUUUUUUUAAAAUAAAAGUUUUAACUAUU